UAUCAACGUUCUACGAUUACCUAUUACCUAUCGUGCUGGAAAAAAGCAUCGGCACCGGCAUCGGUGAGCCUGAAGCAUUUCACAGUUCAUUGUGCCACGUGUGGGUGUGUGACGACGCGCCGAUCGAUUGGGUGCUGAACUCUCGUCUGUUUGUCAACAGCUGUUCCAUUAUAAAUAUCGAAAAGCUGAGUAAAGAAGAUGAAGUAGAAAUAAAUAGUAUAGGAAGGUUCACACGUUGCAAGUAAACGAUCCACAUAUGUCGGUUCAACGAAACACGAUUACGAGUGUAAAUACAUAACAGUCGGUAAAUGUCUACGUGAACGUGUUGAGAUUUUCGGUUUGCCUCACUAUCGUACCGAUCCAACAACGAUAAAAUGGAUUUUAACUCAAUUAUGAUGCAUAUAAUGCUCUCAUUGAACAAGUUGCUAGUUGUAGCUGUGUGCAAACUAGUUUGUAUACUUAUCCUUGUGCCUAUUGGAUUAAUACUGUGGAAGAGAGAAUAUUCAAAACAACGGGCAAAGAGAUUGCAUAAGGGGACAGUCGUUGGUUUCUUUCAUCCUUACUGUAACUCGGGCGGAGGUGGCGAGAGAGUACUCUGGGCUGCUAUCAAUGCUAUACAAACUAAAUAUCCUGAUGUAUUAAUAGUUGUCUACACUGGAGACCUCGAGGCACAUCCAUUACAGAUUCUAGAUAAAACAGAGAAGGUUUUUAACUAUAAAAUCAAGAACAACGUCACAUUUAUAUAUCUACACAGACGAAAAUGGGUAGAGGCUUCGAUGUAUCCUUAUUUUACACUUCUGGGACAAAGCUUAGGUUCCAUUUGGCUGGGCAUUGAAGCUUUAAAUAGCUGUAUACCAGAUAUUUAUAUUGACACCAUGGGUUAUGCAUUUACUUAUCCAUUGUUUAGGUACAUUGGUGGAUGUCGGAUUGCAACGUAUACUCACUAUCCAACAAUUUCUACUGACAUGAUGAGACACAUUUACAAAAGAACUAUCUCCCAUACAAAUAAGAGAAUCAUAGCUAGAAAUCCAUUUCUGUCAGCAGCGAAGCUAGCUUAUUACAAGUUAUUCGGAUUUAUAUAUGGCUGGGUCGGCAGUAGGGCAGAAAUUGUAAUGGUGAAUUCUUCAUGGACCGAGGAACACAUUAAUUCGAUUUGGAAAUGCCCGAUGAGAACGCAUAAAAUCUUUCCACCGUGCGAUGUGAAGCAAUUAACGUUGCUACCGCUACUCAGCGACGAGGAGAAAUGCAAUAGUAUACGUAUAGUUUCGAUUGCGCAAUUCAGACCAGAGAAAAAUCAUCCAUUAAUGCUAAGGGCGAUGUACGAACUUAGAUCAAUCAUUAAAGAAGACGUUUGGGAUAGGGGCCCGAUGAUCUCUGCGGGACGAGUAGUCAAAAAAACCACAGAACCCACUGAGAUUCGGCUGGUUUUAAUUGGUUCCUGUCGUAAUUUCGAAGACGAGGUACGCAUGAAAGACAUGCAGGAUUUGUCGAAACACUUCGCGUUAGAUGAGAACGUGGAAUUCAAAUUGAACGUACCGUACUCGGAACUUCUCUUGGAGCUUCAACGAGCAACGAUAGGUUUGCAUACGAUGUGGAACGAGCAUUUUGGGAUCAGCAUCGUCGAAUGCAUGGCUGCAGGAUUAAUCGUCGUCGCUCACGAUUCCGGUGGUCCAAAAGCUGAUAUAAUUGAAACGCAACCGGGAUCCCAAAACGGAUUUUUGGCUACUGAACCUGAGGAAUAUGCAAAAAUCAUGGCACAUAUUAUUAGAAUGGAUCCAGAGGAAAGAAAUGCGAUUAAACUAGUUGCUAGAGCUUCAGUAAAUCGAUUCUCGGGCGAAGUGUUUGAAAGAGAAUUCUUACGAACGAUAGAGCCAUUUUUCAGGCUAAAACAGGAAUAAUUUUUACCAAAAGUAUGGUAUAAAUGUGAUUGAUUGUAUGAACGUCAAUUUAUUUUGAAUAAAAUGGUUACUUAUAUACUUA